AUGAUCUACAGAUAUUUUUUUUUUGUUUUUAAUUUAAUAUUACACAAAGAAAAGAAUAAUAAUCGAUCUGAUCCAUCAAGAAUGAAUAAUAUCGAUCAAACACGUCUUGCUCGAUUACGUCCAGAAAAACUUGAUGAUGUAUCUGUUAAAGAACAGAUUUUACUGAUACAAAAAGCAUGUGGUAAUGUUAAUCCUGAAAAAAUAGCCCUUGUCUUUCAUGAAUGUGAUUAUAAUGUGCAACAAACAAUAAAUCGAAUACGUGCAGGAGAUUUUGAGGAUGGUGGAUGGCAAACAGCUAAAUCAAAUAAUAAAAAGAAAAAUCAUAAUUUAAUUGAUCAAAAAAUAAAUGGUAAUAAUUUAAGUGAUAGUGAACGUUCUCUUUCUCAACGUACAUCUCCAACUUCAUCACUUCGUGGUGGUGGUGGACAUCAUCGAAAUGAUCAUUAUCAAUAUUCAACAUCAACACGUACAAAUAUAGGACGACGUGGAAAUGAUUCUGGUCGAAGUCAUUUUAUUCCAUCUAAUUCACGUUAUUCACUUCAUAAUAAAUCAACAAAAACAAUAACUUCAUCACAACCAAUUCCAAAUGAAAUAUCUUCAAUAUCUAAACAAAUAGAUGAAGAAUUAACACAAAUAAAUUCACCAUUAACAGAUGAAUAUGAAUUUAUUAAUGGUAUACCACAAUCAUUAAGUUUUGAUAAUAGUCAAAUGAAAACAUCAUUACAAACUUUAUCAAAACGUCGUAUAUCAUCAACAAUUCCUCAAGAACCUGUAUCAAUGCAUCCAACAGUCAAAUUUUCAACUCAACCAAUUGAUAUACAAUUUGGUGAUGUUCAAUGGAAUGAUUCUGUACCUAUAGCAGUUAGUCCGUCCGCUAAUACAAUUAUAUCAACAACAUUAGACAAUCGUGAAAAAGAUAUAUUAUCAACUGUAGACACUGAUAAUCAUGAAGAAAAUCAAGAUAUUCAAAAUAUUUUAUCAUCGAAUUAUAUUAAUCAUCAAACAACGAACGAAAUUGAUAAUCCAUUAAUUGAAACAACAAAUCAACUUUCAUCAUUAUCAAUUACUGAUAAUACUAUUUCUAAUAGUUUACCAAUUGUUCCUCCUGAAGGUACAUCUCAUUUAUCUGAUCAUUUAACUGAUACAUCAUCUCCAAUUCCAACUCAAUAUUCAUCUCAACAACAAGUACCAAUACAAAUUCCUAUGACACGUUUACCACCUACAUCAACACCACGUGCAUCAGAACAUACAUCAACAACAUCUCAAUAUAUGUUAAAUAAUCUUCAACAGAGUAAUAAUGGUAUUAAUUCAUCAGCAUUUACUCCAUUUAAUACACUUGUUAAUUAUCCAUCUAUGCCAAGAGAUUAUUCUCAAACAACAACAAAUUGGAAUCCACAAACAUCAAAUUAUAAAACAAAUUCAAAACCAACAAUAAUUUCAACAGGAACAUAUCAACAACAACCAUCAUAUCAAAUACCAACUCAACAACAACAAUUCUUUCUUGGAACUUAUCCAUAUUCUUCUAUGCAACCAACGGUUGUUCCUGUAUUUGCAUCAAUUGAUCAAUGGCCAACAGGUACAUUUUCAACACCAAUUGAAUCUUAUCCAUAUGCAACUGCUAAUUAUAUACCAACAUAUCCAAAUCAACAACAAUUUCAUCUAUCAACAAAUAAAUAUGAUCAACAAUCAUAUGAUAAAGAAUUUUUUGCACUUUAUGGACAAACACGUUCAUUAAAUAAUGAUAUAUCAUAUCAACAACAACAACAACAACAACCACAACAAUCGUCUACAUUAUCGCAAACAACAAAAGAUACUUCUACAACAAGUAAAUUAUCACCAAAUGCAGCUACAUUCUGUCAGGGAGCUCCAUUGGCAGCAUCUUCUUCGACACCAACAACUCUCUAUUUAAAUCCAGUUGGAUUUUCCAUGCCGAAUUAUUUUCCAUCAGUAGCUGGAUCGAUACAUCAAGAUCGAAUAUUAUCAUAUUCUACUCUUGAUAAUCGUGAUAAUCGUAAUGGUGCUUCAUAUAGUAGUACUAACAAUCGAAAUAAUUAUUAUCAUCAUGGACAACAACAACAACAACAACGUACAUAUAAUAACAAUGGAUCAAAUUCUACUUGGCAUUUGCAACAGUAG